AUGUUCAGACAAGCUAUUGCUACCUCUUCCCGCGCAGUGCGCUCCGGCCUGCGCACCCAGACCCCCAAGUCUGUCUUCCAAAACCAGUUCCAGAGCUCCCCUGCCUUCAGGAUACGAGCCGCGCAACCCGCCGUUGCGAGAUGGUACAGCGAUGCCAAGGAGACCCCCGAGGCCCCCAAGGAAGGCGAGAAGCCCGCCGAUGAUGCCGAGUCUGCUCUGAAGAAGCAGCUGGAGACCAAGGAGAAGGAGGCUGCCGACUGGAAGGACAAGUGCUUGCGCACCAUCGCCGACUUCCGCAACCUCCAGGACCGCACACAGCGCGAGGUCAAGCAGGCGCGCGACUUCGCCCUGCAGAAGUUCUCCAAGGACCUCAUCGACAGCAUCGACAACCUCGACCGCGCCCUCUCCAUGGUGCCCCAGGAGAAGCUCAAGGCCCCCGAGAAGACGGGCGACCUCCAGGACCUCGCCAACCUGUACGAGGGUCUCAAGAUGACCGACGAUAUCCUCAUGUCGACGCUCAAGAAGCACGGCAUCGAACGCUUCAGCCCCGAGGGUGAGAAGUUCAACCCCAACGAGCACGACGCCACCUUCAUGGCGCCUCAGCCCGACAAGGAGGACAACACCGUCUUCCACGUCCAGCAGAAGGGCUUCAAGCUCAACGGCCGCGUGCUGCGUGCCGCCAAGGUCGGCGUCGUCAAGAACGCUUAA